GGAAAUCCCAGUGGCGCUCUGCAGGAGAAUGGGGAACAGUUCGGAAGAUUUGUCUCAAACCAAGAAUGGAAAUGCAGCUUCCGCCCAGCACGAGGGGAUCCCUGAAAUCAUCACUGAGAAUUCGUAUGCGAAGGAGCCGGAGAGUGAGGACAAGCGCCAAGCCACAGGCACAGGGAGGGAGCAGAAAGAAUUCGACAUGAUCUAUAAAAUUGAAGAUGUGCCCCCAUGGUACCUCUGCAUCCUGCUCGGCUUUCAGCACUACCUGACCUGUUUUAGCGGGACGAUCGCCGUCCCAUUCCUCCUGGCAGAGUCCCUGUGUGUGGGAAAGGACCAAUACACGGUCAGCCAGCUCAUCGGCACCAUCUUCACCUGCGUCGGGAUCACCACGCUGAUCCAGACCACGCUGGGGAUCCGACUCCCCCUGUUUCAAGCAAGCGCACUAGCCUUUCUGGUUCCUGCCAAGUCCAUCCUGGCCCUGGAGAAAUGGAAAUGUCCCCCAGAAGAGGAGAUCUACGGCAAUUGGACGUUACCACUGAACACGUCUCACGUGUGGCACCCGAGGAUGAGAGAAAUCCAAGGGGCGAUCAUCGUGUCCAGCCUGGUGGAAGUGGUGAUCGGGCUUGUGGGGCUGCCAGGAGCACUGCUCAGCUACAUUGGACCUCUCACCGUCACUCCCACCGUCUCCCUGAUAGGACUGUCAGUCUUCCAAGCUGCGGGGGACCGCGCAGGAUCGCACUGGGGCAUUGCAGCAUUAUCCAUUUUUCUGAUUGUUUUAUUUGCCCAGUACCUGCGAAAUACGACCUUUCGGCUGCCUGGGUACAAAUGGGGGAAAGGCUGUAUUGUGUUCAGGCUACAGAUCUUCAAAAUGUUCCCGAUCAUCCUGGCUAUCAUGGUGGUGUGGCUGCUGUGCUAUAUUUUAACACUGACGGAUGUUUUCCCACACGAUGCUGAGGCAUAUGGCUACAAGGCCAGGACGGACGCCAGGGGGGAAAUCAUGUCAAUUUCACCCUGGUUCCGCCUUCCGUAUCCUUGUCAGUGGGGCUUGCCCACCGUGACGGCAGCGGCUGUGUUAGGGAUGUUCAGCGCUACCCUCGCUGGCAUUAUUGAGUCCAUCGGGGAUUACUACGCCUGCGCCAGGCUGGCGGGGGCUCCAGCGCCACCCAUCCACGCCAUUAAUAGAGGCAUUUUUACAGAGGGGAUCUCCUGUAUCAUAGCUGGGCUGCUGGGAACGGGCAACGGCUCCACAUCCUCAAGCCCCAACAUCGGCGUCUUGGGCAUCACAAAGGUGGGCAGCAGAAGAGUGGUGCAAUAUGGAGCUGGGAUCAUGCUUGUUUUGGGAACCAUCGGCAAGUUCACGGCUCUGUUUGCCUCUCUCCCUGACCCCAUCCUCGGAGGGAUGUUCUGUACAUUAUUCGGCAUGAUCACAGCUGUUGGCCUUUCCAACCUGCAGUUCGUUGACAUGAACUCCUCCCGCAAUCUUUUCAUUCUGGGAUUCGCAAUGUUUUUCGGGCUGACAUUGCCAAACUACUUGGAUUCGCGCCCCAAUGCCAUUAACACAGGUGUUCCUGAAGUGGACCAGAUAUUAACAGUGCUGUUAACAACGGAAAUGUUUGUUGGGGGUGGCAUUGCCUUCAUAUUGGACAACACCAUUCCAGGGACACAGGAGGAGCGUGGGCUGGUUCAGUGGAAGGCCGGAGCACAUGCAGACAGAACCACAGCUGCAAAUUUGAAAAGCUAUGAUUUUCCAUUUGGAAUGAGCGUGGUCAAAAGGAUAGAGUGGUUCAAGUAUGUGCCAGUAUGCCCUGUUUUCAAGGGAUUUAAUGCAAGAACAAAAAGGAAUUGUGACACAAUGGAAAACAUACAACAUAACACAGACAACCUGUUCAUAUGUACUAAGGUCUGAAAGACUCCUGUAAUGUGACAGGCACAGGUCAUUCAGUGCCAGUUAGGUACAAUGUACCACAGUUCUAGUUCGUAGGUUGAUGAAGAGCUGUGUCAAACUGAAGAGGGGAGAACAUGGGGAUCAGUUCAUAGGGGUUCCCCCAUAGUUUUGAUUCAUGUCCCUGUGGAGUCUACAAAGGGCAACACACCCUAGUUUGAGUCAGUCAUCUUUAUGCUGUGCGCUAAGCAUGUGUGAUAGCUGUGGCCUGCUUACUCUUGAGAUAGCACAAGCCUCCAGUAUUGUACAUCUGGCUAGUGUGUGUCAAACCCAGCACCUCAAAGCAGCUCAGCCAAAACAGCAGAGUUGUGGAUGGACUGACUUCAAACCAACGUUUGCAGUUUCCAACUCUAACCACAAAUUGGUUUAAGAUUUGUUCAAAACUUGUCUCAGAUUCGCUGGAAUGCUCAUGAAUCUAGGCAAAACUAGCCCAAGUUUUACACAGCUCAGCUAGUCAUUGUGUGUAAUAAACUGCUAUCCAGACACUCUGGGCUAAAUUAAUUUCUGGUGUAACUCCAUAAACUUCAGCAGAAUUAUACCAGGGAUUAAUCUGGAUCAGCACAGCCACCAUGGCACACUUAGUAUGGACACUAUAGCAUUUUUUGUUGGGAUAAUGUAUUUGAUACAUUAAUAUUCCAGAUCACUUGUUUCUGUGUUUUUAUUGACAGUGGAGAUAACUGCCCCUUAUAUUUGCCUCACUAGUCCCGCAACGUAACCCUGGAAAAGUUUAUGUUGGAUAGCUCUGCUACACUGAUCUGGCUUUCCUAUUGCCUGUUACAUUGAGUGUAAACUACCUUGGCCUUUGCCACACUGCCAUUUAAUGGACAAUAGUUAAGAUUUUUGUGAAGCAUGUGUUAGAAUUCUUGAUCUGUCAUGCACGGAGGCCUAUUAACAUCCUGAAUCCCUGAUCCAAUGGGCUGAGGUUCAGCAGAACCUUUCGGUAGCACAGGCUCUGAUGGAUAGCCUCAAUGUAGCAAUGACCUCCAUAUUCAGCAGUUCAUGACCAGAGUAAAGGAGUAUUUUUCCAUCUUGUGAAGAAAGUUCUGCUAGACAAAUGAUGCACCAACAGCUGAGCAACUACCUAGCUUUCAAUAGCUUGCAUAAGCAUAAUUAGAUCUUAAAUAAUUGUUCAUCAUACCCAAGGAUGAAUAGACAAGCUCAUUUUCUGAACUGCUUUGGCUCUGCAGGGCUAACAGAGCUAAAUGUUUGCAUCCCUGAUAUGAGAAAUUGACUCUGAACACAGAUCAGCUGAAUAAUGCCUUUGUGACCAGUCACUUUCCAGAAUUGCCUAGUUGGAAACUUCUGCAAGAAACCCUUACCAAGACAUACCUGCGAACGCAUCUCCCUAGGAAAUGGAAUGCACAGGCACUGCAGCUUGACUGGACUGAGUAUGGGUAUGUUUAAUGCAAAGGUGAUCCCUCCCUGGACCUUGAUGAAGUGCCGUUAAUACCAAAAUGCAGCUUGUGACUGGACAUGCAAGUGUGCCUGAGCUCCCUUGCUGAUGAGUGAUAGGAUCUAAAAGGGGAGGGUCUCUAUGUGACUGACUAGCAACGCUCCCAGAGAACACC